UCGGGAUAAACCCGCACAUGCGCAGACGGCCGCCGCUGACACCGGUAGUGACGUUAAAAUGGCGUCCUCCGCGGCCCGGCUUACGACACGCUGGUUGUCAGCAUCAGUUUCUUCUGGACGCCGCAGCGGUCUUUUUCUGAAUGUCUCCUCCAGACACCGAGGGGUUUAUUCAGGGACGAUAUCGCAGGCGCACCGGGGAGGGGUAGCGGUUAGCCUGAGCUCCUGGACGCACCGGAGUGACGUGACAUUGAAGGGACUGACAGGCACAAAAUGUCCCAAUGGCACGACCUGCCACUCUUUCCACACCAGCAGUAGGUUUGCAAACAAGCAGGACUUCUAUGACGUCCUGGGUGUCUCCCGCACCGCCACACAGAAGGACAUCAAGAAAGCGUACUACCAGUUGGCAAAGAAGUACCACCCAGACACCAACCCAGAUGACCCAGACGCCAAAGAGAAGUUUGCCAAGCUGGCUGAGGCCUAUGAGGUCCUGAGUGACGAGGUGAAGAGGAAGCAGUAUGACACAUACGGAGCGGCAGGAUUCGACCCACACCGUGCUGGGGCGAACCAGCAGCAGUACUACAGGGCAGGGGGGACCAGUAUCGACCCCGAGGAGCUCUUCAGGAAGAUCUUUGGAGAAUUUACUGGAGGAAUGCACUUUGGAAACAUCCACAACAUAUUUGAACAGAGGCCCGAGUUUGUGAUGGAGCUUUCGUUUUCUGAGGCAGCGAAGGGCGCAAGUAAGGAGCUGAGUGUGAAUAUAGAUGACAACUGCCCGAGGUGUGAUGGGAAGGGCAGCGAGCCGGGCACCAAGGUGUCCCAGUGUAACUACUGCAACGGAACUGGCAUGGAGACUCUCAACACGGGUCCUUUCAUGAUGCGCAGCUCCUGUCGACGCUGCGGUGGGAAGGGAACGAUCAUUAUUACGGCCUGCGUCAUGUGUCGAGGCUCAGGUCAGACCAAGAAGAGGCAGACUGUCACUGUGCCUGUACCUGCUGGAGUGGAAAACGGUCAGACGGUGCGCAUGUCAGUAGGAAGUAGAGAAAUCCUCAUUACAUUCAGGGUCCAGAGAAGUCCGGUGUUCAAGCGAGAUGGACUCAACAUCCACUCGGACGUGUUCAUCUCGAUAGCUCAGGCCAUCCUGGGGGGCACGGCCACAGGACAGGGCCUCUAUGAAACCAUCAGUAUCGUGAUUCCUCCCGGCUGCCAGGCUGACCAGGUGAUCCGGCUGCAGGGGAAAGGCAUCCGGAGGAUGAACAGCUACAGCUAUGGAGAUCACUACGUUCACAUCAAGAUCCGAGUGCCAAAGAAGUUAACACGCAGGCAGCGCUCUCUGUUGCUGACUUACGCUGAAGAGGAGACGGAUGUUCAGGGGACUGUCACCGGUGUCGAUCCCUCUGCAGGAGGGGGCAGCAGCACUUCAGGGUCUGGUUCGAAGUCGACCAGCUCAGACGAGGGACAGGACGAGCAGAAGGAGGAAGGAGGCUUCUUCUCUAAACUAAAGAAAUUAUUCAGCUGACACUCAGGCUGCAGGUGGAAAACGACGGUAAACAUGCUGAAGGGAGAAAAGAAGACCACUGACUGGGCCUCCAUGCCGUCUGCCGCUGCUGUGGACGGAUUGAGCUCGGAGGAGGAGGAGGAGGAGGAAGAAGAGAGGCAGAGUGGCGUUUGUGUUGACACAGUCGCACAUUGUUGAAGCUGCGGUUGGCAAACAGGCCACGACGACGCCAGGUCCACCCACACACGUUCUGACCCGACACCACAGGCAGGUGCAGAGCUGAGAGACUCCAGGACUUCUGGAUGAGGAACACGGUGACGACUGCAGAGGACUGUUGUUACUGUGGUGCAACAACUCUGCCGCCUGCGUUCUGUGUUUGAAACCACACUCCUCAUUGAGUCACAAAGUGCUCUACAGACUGGAACUCUAUAUUUAAUGAAACCAAGAAAAAAAAAAGACAUACAAGAAACAAAGGUCAACUUACAUAAACAAAAAGGAAGGAUGCCGAUCCUGUAGCACCCAUUUAACGUAGUGAUAUAUUGUGAAAAUGUAUUGAAAGUGUUGAAAUUUGCAUGUAACCUGAUCUGAAAAUGUAAUAAAACCCCAAAAUGUUUAAAAAUGUCAUCACUGUAUCAUCUGAAUGGGACGCUGUUAUGACCAGCACCUCACUUUUUAGUGUAAAGUCACUGUGCAACUCAGUUUAAAGAAUAAAACAGAUACAUUGGAUGAUCACUGAAACAAAGUUUAUGGGUUUUAGGAAAAAUACUACAGAUGGUUCAUUGUUUGACUCACUGGACAUUAAAACUUCCAAAAUCUGUUUAUGUGAAACGUUACGGCCAAAAAAUAAACAGGAAUUUGUCUCACUGGUA